CCCUUCACAUAUCACAAACACAAACAUCCAAACCCAUUUUCUAGGCACCACAAAGCCCAGCAAACAGAGCUUGAUAGUUUAUUAUACACGAAACAAUCGACCUUUUCUAGUUGAAGGUAGUGAAGCAAAGAGACAUGGCCUCCACUGCAUGCUUCUUGCACCACCAUGCACUAACCACUCCUACCAGAUCAACCUCAUCAUCACAGCGCCAAGUGGUUAACCUCAAGCCCGCCCAGCUGGUUUGCAGGGCACAGAAGCAGGCAGUACAGGAAGAGGAUGACGGUGUUGUGUCUCGUAGAUUGGCACUCACUGUGCUCAUUGGUGCUGCUGCCCUUGGCUCAAAGGUUGCUCCCGCUGAUGCUGCCUAUGGUGAAUCUGCCAAUAUUUUCGGGAAGCCAAAGUCAAACACAGACUUCUUGCCCUACAAUGGAGAUGGAUUCAAGUUGUCAAUUCCAGCAAAAUGGAAUCCAAGCAAAGAGAGAGAGUUCCCUGGUCAGGUUCUGAGAUAUGAGGACAAUUUUGAUGCCACCAGCAACCUUUCUGUCAUGGUCACCCCAACUGACACGAAAUCCAUCGCCGACUACGGUUCCCCUGAGGAAUUCCUCUCGAAGGUGGAUUACUUGCUUGGAAAACAAUCCUCCUUGUUUGCGACUUCAUCUGAGGGUGGUUUCGACACCAAUACCGUAGCAACGGCUAACAUAUUGGAGACCUCAACUCCGGUGAUCGAUGGGAAACAAUACUACUUCUUAUCAGUGCUGACAAGGACUGCUGAUGGAGAUGAAGGUGGCAAGCACCAACUUAUCACAGCCACUGUGAAAGAUGGUAAGCUUUACAUUUGCAAGGCACAAGCUGGAGACAAGAGAUGGUUCAAGGGAGCAAGAAAGUUCGUGGAGAGCGCUGCAAGUUCUUUCAGUGUUGCUUAAGAAACUUAACUAAGAAAUUGUUGUAAAUCAAAUUGAAAUAUGUGAUGUUUCUUUUGAGCUGUUGUCCAGCUUUCCUUAUUGCUAAAAAAAUCUUAGAGCAUGUACUUGAUUGAUUGGAGGCUCGACCAAAAUGAUAAAACCCCUUGACAAAAUAUUUUCAA